AUGAGAAAAACUCAUUUUCAAUCUGUUAAAAUUUUUUGGAUUAUUACUAUACCCAGUUGCUUGCAGAUUGAAUCCGAAUCGCUAGCGGUGGCUAUAGCCGAAGAAUGGUCAUCUCAAGAGGAGUUCCUUCACAUGGGCCAUAUGAGACUAACCGGACUGGCGUUCACCGCCCAGGAUAAUCCACUUCAUAUGACUAAAGAAUCAUUAACGGCCAAAGUUAUGGAGUAUCUCUAUGGUGAUACAGUACUUUUCUGGAACAAUGAGAGCGAGAAACUUGAAAAAUAUCAAAAGAAGCACUGGCAACCAGUAAUCGACCAUGCCAAUAAAGGCCUUGGCACAUCAUUUCAACCGUGUAUGAACCUAUUCGUGGAAAAAUGGCUGAUGUCAUAUAAUUUUUGGGCCUUGACGGGUAUGCAGUAUGCUGUGGAAUCGGUGAAGAGCGUUUUGAUACCGUAUUCGGUGGUGACAUUUAAUCUAAGCGCUACGGAAGCAGUUCACCAUACAUUAAUAGAGCAGAAAGCACAAGCGGAGACGUGGGGAUCGGUCGAGUGGGCUCACGGAAUUGAAGAAGAGGAGCUCACGUCACGUUUGGCUGCUGGAGCGCUUUUUGUCUAUAUGAAUAGCAAUUGGAUGACGAAAUUGAGAUUGUAA